CAUGACCCAAAUUUUAUCAUGUUUAAAUAAUUAAUUAAUUAAAAAAAUAUAUCUUAGAUUGGUCAAGUUCAGUACCAAAGUGGAGCACUUUGUGAGUUGUUGACGGCUCAAAGUUUAAAAGUUAUUGAAAAGAUUGAUCAUUUGAUCUUUCCGGAGACGAUAAAAGCAGAGGAACAGAAGUAGCCGAUAAACUUCAUCUGGGUUGUGUUUGUUUGUUGAUAUAAACAAGUAAAUUCAGUCCAAGUCUGAUGCUUUAGAGUGUAACAAUGGCGGGAAUAGCAAUAGUGUUAGCUCUAUGGAGGAAAAAUCCAGGCUUUUGUACACCUCAGACCGAUCACUCUUCUGGAUUCCUCUCAGCCGCCUCUGCUGCCUCCGCACCUUUUGCCUUCCGCUUCUUGUUUGGACAACAGUUGUAACUACUAGACGGAUUUUGGAAAGACUUGGCGUCCAGUAUGUUUCAGAGCGGACAGUAUGGAAACUUCUUAAAGAUGCUCCUAAAUCCGCUAUGCAGAAGGCUGAAAGAGGACUGCCUACUUUCGUUUACUUUGUCAGAGUUAGCCAAACUACUUUUAGAGGACACUUUUUAGGAGUUGCAGCGACAUGGAUUGUCCAAGUCGGCCUUGAAGUUUACCUCUCUGUUUCUUGCAUUAUGAAAUCUGGUGAAGAGAGCAACAAGUUUAAGUCUCAAGAAGCAAAGCUUCUCGGAAAAAGGUUUCUGGUGUUACAUGGUUCCUCUCUAGUUAUUGCUUCCAUCGGAGCAGGGAUCGGUGUGACCAUCAUUCGCCCUUCAGUCGGUCAGUGGAUAGGCUGUGCUGUCGGUGAUUUGGCUGGACCAAUUAUUGUGACAUUUUGCCUUGACAAAGCUCUUCAUUUGUACCUUUAACAAGGUUCUGAUGUAGAAGCAGUGCUUCUAAAAGCCAGUCAUCAAAAGCUUCCCAAUUCUGAGGUCACUAUCAUUUUCUCUGAUCAUUGAUGAACUUCAAAAUAAUAUACCUUCUUCUCCCUUUUGAGUCAGGUUGCAUAAUUUAUGAACAUAUAUUUGUCUCAUGAAUAAACUUAGACAAACAAACAUUUCUUUCUAACCUAUGCAUAUAAUUCGAUAUGACAGUAUAUGUGAUUGGGAGAUAUGAUUGUUUACUUUCUCGCUUAUUUCAAAAUUUCCCAACCACAUAUCACGCUAGUUUGUUUGUAUAAGUUAGUGAGAAAUAUUUGUACACUUAGUAUUACUCUUUGCCUCGCA